UUACAUUCGGCGUGAGGUUCCUCCCCCUGUCGCGAUCCUGUUUAAGUUGACCAAGCGUUCUAAAAGUUUUGAUAGGUCCUAAUUAUAAUACACAUCAGUAUAAUAAGCUAAUUACAUGAUACGAUGCAAAACCAUCAAGCUUCUUCAUGUUAAUGCGAGAAUAAAUCUGCAAUGCCUCAGGGUUCAUAAGUUGUUUUUAAGGCGCGCCUUUCUUAGUGGGUGGGCUGUGUGGCGCUUAACGAAUUCAAACAACAGUAUAAAAAGCACGUCGGCAGAAUCGACUGAUCACAACUCAACAGCCCGGACACUGACAACAUCUCUUGUAUAUCUCUUGGCUCUGUUCAAUGUAAUAAGACAAUCUAACGAUAUUUAUCGAAGGAAUUUCACGAAGAAACAUUAUYAUGACGACCGAGGAUUUUGACAUCCRUAGAACGGYGUGCAAGGAGGAGAACGAUAUCAUGUCCGCACAAAACGACGAAGGUAAAAAUCCAUGUUUAACGAGGCUUGAACCGUUCGACACAGACGAUAACGACUCCGAAGAACCUGGAAUAACAGAGGAGGAAGAAGAUAUUACGGAAAGUUCUGAAUCGAUAAAAGCGGAAAAUAGCGAGACAAAGCGGCCAGGAACGAGUGUUUCCAAACCGCCAUAUUCCUACAUCGCCUUGAUAACGAUGUCAAUAUUACAGUCCCCUCAACGGAAACUCACUCUAAGCGAUAUAUGUGACUUUAUAAAACGUCGUUUUCCAUACUACAGGGAGAAAUUCCCAUCAUGGCAGAACUCCAUCAGACACAACUUGUCUCUAAAUGACUGCUUCGUGAAGAUGCCUCGAGAACCUGGCAACCCCGGGAAAGGCAAUUACUGGACGCUGGAUCCAGCCAGUGAGGGAAUGUUUGACAAUGGCAGUUUCUUGAGAAGACGAAAACGAUUCAAGAGGCCGAAGCCACCGGAUGGUCUGGGAGGAUCUUACGGGCUGCAAUACUAUUGGAAUUGUAAUUCAUUGUUCUGGCGUUCCCCUGUGUGUGGGACAUCAUACGCAGCGGCAUUAUCACCGUACUUACAUGGGUACUAUCCCCAAACACCAUCYUUACAACGGCUUCCUCCUAUUCGACCAACAGAGUUACCCAAAGACAAAGAAAAGCCCAAAUUCACCAUUGAGAGUAUCAUGGGAAAGGAUAACGAGGACACAAAAAUGUUAAAGACCACAGACUCGGAGCAUCGUUCUCCAGGUCUUUCAACCUCGAACAUUAGARGCCAUUUUGGCUCAUCUUUAGGUGGAAACACUGAGACUCCUUGUCCGUAUAGUUCUGUCAGUCCUUGCCAUGGCUAUUGCUUACAGUGCAACUAUGUAGUAAGAUAAACUGACUGAAUUACCCAAAGUUUGUCAAUUUAGCACCCAAUAGUAAUGUGGCGACAAUUGCAACUUUUGAUACCAUUUUGAACAUUUCUUUGAAACCUCAACACUAUUUAACACAGUCAUAAUUGAGUAUUUUCUUCACAAGAUUUUCAUUAUUCUAGGAGACUAUUUCUUGUACUAUAAUGGAAGCUAAAAGUCUUUAGCAUGUAAAUAGAACAACUUACCAAUCGAAUUAAGUUAUGAGUAACUGGCGAAAGAAUGUUAUUUAGGACGUUUAGAURUAUAAUUACCGAUACCAUUCAAUCAAUUAUAAUCUUUUUUCCGAGUUUUGGGAUUGAAAUUAAAAUUA